UUCUCCGCGAAAAAAAAGUCUUAAACCAUUAAUCUGCGUAGUUAAUGCUGCGAUUGUUGGGGUAAUGUAGUAUGCAUUGGUAUGAGUUAUUGUUCACCUUUCGUAAGAUUUCUUUGUUGAGGCCUUGAGGCAAGAUCCGCCGCAUUUAAUUUAUUAGGAGCUGGUCUCGCAAUGUCACCAAUUCGAAGAGUUACGUUUUCAAAGGCAAUGGCAUAAUUUUCAACACGACCGCAUUUAUCUCAUGCACACCGAAGAGGGGGCGUGUGCGGCGACUACUUACGUCACUGUGUUACGAGGAAGAAGACUGGGCAGCAGUACGGAUCACGCAUAAAAGACGACCGAAGACAGGGGGAUGCCAAAGGGCGAGAUGAAGAAGCCCCUGCUUCUGUGCUCAGGGGACCCAGAGUCCCCCCUACCUGAUCCGGGCGUCCCUGCGAUCGGCAUUCUGGGCACGGGGGACUUCUCGCGCUCGCUGGCGGCACGGCUCAUCGUCUCAGGCCAUCGGGUGGUGGUGGGCAGCCGCAACCCCAGGCGUGGUGGCAGCAGCUUGUUCCCUGCAGCAGUGGAGGUGAUGAGCCAGCAGGAGGCGGCCGUCCACGCCGACGUGCUCUUCGUGGCGCUCUUCCCCGAGCACUACAGCACGCUGGCUGGCCUGCGGGGGGCGCUGGCGGGCAAGGUGCUGGUGGAUGUCAGCAACGCUGCUGAGCUUGGCCGGGGCCGGCCCUCCAAUGCUGAGCGGCUGGCCGACCUCUUUCCUGAGAGUGACGUGGUUAAGGCAUUCAAUGUGAUCUCUGCCUGGGCCCUGCUGGCCGGCCCACGGGAUGGGAAUAGGCAGGUCCCGAUCUGCAGCAACAGUGAGCGUGCCAAAAACGUGGUCACGGAGCUGUCCCGCAGCAUGGGGUUCGUCCCCAUGGAUGCAGGGCGCUUGUCCUCGGCGCGGAACGUGGAGGAUGCCCCCCUGCGCCUCUUCCCCUCCUGGCGUGGUCCCAUCCUUUGUGCCCUGGGCCUCUUCCUCUUCUUCUAUACCUACAACUUUGUGCGUGGCGUCCUCCUGCCCUACCUGGUCAAGGGCCAGAACCUCUUCUACCGGCUGCCUGUGGAGACGGUGAAUUCGGCGCUACCCGCUGUUGCCCUGGAGAUGCUGGCCCUGGUCUACCUGCCAGGGCUCCUGGCUGCACUACUGCAGCUGUGGUGGGGGACCAAGUACUGGCGUUUCCCUGACUGGUUGGACUGCUGGCUCCGUCAACGCAAGCAGCUGGGCCUUGUGAGCUUCUUCUGUGCCGCUCUGCACGCUGUGUACAGCCUCUGCCUGCCCAUGCGCAGGUCUGCGCGCUACCGGCUGCUCAAUGCCGCAUACAAGCAGGUGCAGGACAAAGUGGAGAACUCAUGGGUGGAGGAGGAGGUGUGGCGGAUGGAGCUGUACCUGUCCUUCGGCAUCCUGGCAUUGGGCGUGAUGUCCCUGCUGGCUAUCACCUCCCUACCGUCUGUGGGAAAUGCGCUCACCUGGAGGGAGUUCACCUUCAUCCAGUCCCGGCUGGGCUACGUAGCCCUGACCAUCACCACCCUGCAUGCCCUGACCUUCGGCUGGAACCGGGCAUUCGACCCCGCCCAGUACGCCCUGUACCUGCCCCCCAGCUUUGUGCUGGAGCUGCCCCUGCCAUGCGCCGUGCUGCUGGGCCGUCUGGGCCUGGCACUGCCCUGUGUGGCACGGAGGCUUGCCUGCAUCCGCCGCGGCUGGGAGAGCGGCCGCCACGUCCGCUUCCAGCCACCCAGCGAGGCAGGCAACAGCGACACCCCCGAGGACGUCAGCGAUGGGGGUGGGAAUCCAGCCAUGCUCCUUUGAAGAUGUCAUCAUAGAAGAUGCAACAAGCUGUGCAGCUGUCUCUAAGCGGGAAUCGGAGUGCAUUUGAGGGGCAGUGUGUCUGCGCGGUGCUGCACUCGGUGGGCUGCGUGUUGCCAGCGGUGGUGCUUUCAGGCUCCCGGUCACUGAGACCGCAUCACGCCAGUUUAGAUGAACCCCCAGGUGAAGCUGGGUCGAAUACCCAACAGCGGUCGUCUUAUUCUGGGGGCAUUAAAGGACUUUGCACCCCC